CCGUGUGACAGUGACAGAUCAGUGACAUUGACAAUACCAAGUCGUGAUAAACGUAUUUUUCGGAAAUAUCUUUCGAACGAGUAUUACGAAAUGGACUUUAACAAGUUACAAUAAAGUAAAGGAUGCUAUACCAUUUUUGAAAAUUGUUACCACAUGCAUGCGCGAACAUGCCUUGAUGUUUUGAUGUUAUUUUAUUUAUAACCUAAUCAUUUUAGUUUUCCUUUGCGUCGUAAUUAAAGAUAAGUGCUAAUAUAAUGGGUAAAAAUAAAGGAAAGGGGCCGAAGGGACCUAAAGCCAAUGUGUUUAAAGUCGCUGGAGCCAAGAGUUUAAAGAAGACGAAGGCAAAAGCUGUGAAUCUAGGAUUGAAAAAUAUAAAGCAGAAAGUUCAAGAUAUAGACAAGCAAUUUGUAGAAAUAAAUAAGAACCCAAAGCCUACUCAGAAACCGAAAGAACCCACCAAACUGCCUCCAAAAAUAUCUGUGAAGAAUGUAACUAAAGAAGAAGUGUCAAAAACUGCAGAAGAAAUAGUGAAAUUGGAUUUAUAACUAUAAAAAUUAAGUAUAUUUAUUUCAAUGUUACUCUUAUAGGUAUUUCAUUUAUACAAUUUCCAAGUAUUAAUGAACAAAAAAAUCACCAUACUUCAAAGUGUGUUUUAAAUAUAGUACUUUUUGUUAUUGAA